AGGUAGAGUCGAGAUCUGUCUGUCCUCAGGAGUUGCAUAAAAGCCUCAUGCUGCCUUUUCUCCUAGGCUGGAGGAUGGUGCAGAUGAGAAAACAGUAGAACGAUGGAAAAAAUGGUAGGAAAGAAUUACAGGAGUUGGGGGGAAAAUGUUAAGAGGGACAGACAGAGACGGACAGAGGUUCAGGUACCUGGGUGAUGUGGGCUAGUAAGUGCUGAGGCAGAUCGACGGUCAGAUCUGCCCUUCAGUUCUGUCCUUAUUUGUCCGUUGGUUGUCCGGGCACCACGGUGAUGGGAACGUUAGAAAUACCAGCAGAUCUCACGUAGGCAGCUUGAUGAUGACUCUGAGCAUGGCAGAAGGCAUGACUCUUCACACGGGACUAGGGUUUGUGCUUUGGUGAUAAUAUUUAUCUGGCUGUCAGGCUGAUCUAUCUAGGUAGCCAGGCGCCUUAGAGAGCAUUAAAUAAAAGCCCUGAUGGAGUCUCAGUUGGGGAAGUAGGGUCCAGUGUGUGUCAGGCAGCUUUCCUGGAAGUGAAGGAGUGGGAUGAAGGAAUCACGGCGCUCCUCUGGUGAAGUUUCAGGGGAAACUUACUGAGGUAGUUGUUGCGGUUGCUCCUGCAGCAAGACAUGGAUGGUGGGAAAUUGUUUCAUGGUGGGGUCUGGGCAGCACAGAUGCCACAGGUGUCUGCCUCCACUGGUGGCGAUAGCCUUUCCAUGCAGGCGAGGGAAGGAAAGGCGCUUUGGCACAGCCACCCUCCCAGCUGAUUGUGCUGAGCAGUGUGCACAGUCGUCACGAACCGCGGGAUUAGAGAGGUUGCAUUGUUGUCCGCUUCCAGUCCUCCCUUUCCUACAGCAAGGGGGACAGGUCGUUAUUCCCCAUCUUCCUUCAUCUGCGGGUCUUGCUGCCAGCCUGGUGACUGGUCACUCCUGAUGAUGGUCUGGGAGCUCUUCCCCUCCUGCCCUGAGCAGCAGAGGGACCUGGCUAUACCAGCUGUAUUGCCAUAGGGAAGAGGCAGUGAUCAGACACUGAGGGAGGGAGAACAAGCCUGUGACUAGACUGUUAAUGAUCGCACACCCACCAGGCUGCCUGCCUUUGCUGUGCCUCUGCACCACGCCACGAUGGGGAGCCACCAGAACCUGCUUCCACAGCCCUUAGGCAGCUGGGACACAGCAGGUCACCUUCCCCAGAGCCGUUCCUGUGCUCUGAGGAUGGGCUGGAAGGAGGAGCACUCCUUUGGGAGCAGGGGAGAGGGACUUCUGAGGGGCUCACGAUUCCUGAGUAACCCCAAAUCUAUUCUCCUGUCUGUUCUGUCAGAGGUGCCUUGGCUGUGCUAGCAGCUUGCAGGAUUACUGACCUCUGUCUGCAUGUACAAUGGAGAAGGAGUGCAGUGAGUCCCAUUCCCCCCCUCUCCUAAGCAGAAAACGCUGAGAAUUUCUAGUGCCUAAGACGAAAAGUGCCUUAACUCCUGUCCCAGAGUCCCUCUCAAAGUGGAUGGAUUGUUUGUUCCAGUCCUAAACAGUUACAAAGCUCUUUUAAUGAGGCUGCACAGAUUAGGGGGAGGGGAAGGGAGAGAAAGAGUGCUAGUGGUGGUGGUAAGGGGGGUGAUGGUUAGAGAGGAAUGACUUGAUUAACCUUUUCUCUCCCUUCAGAGAAAAGCUUGCUUUGGAUAGGGCCUGGGGCAGAAGGGGACAGGGAAGGUACAGACACAUGGAUGGUGUUAAGUGGGUUUAUUUGUUAGGGAAGGUUUUACCCCAUGUAGAGAGGGAUGUGCAUUAGCUACAACCUGCAAAAAGCACAGAAAGGAGCUUCAUCUGUCAGCCCCAUUCCUGGGCUCAUUUAUCCUGCUCUCAAGGCCGGGCCAGGUUGCUUCCACACUACUGUGAAAUGUUGAAAAUCUAUUGGAAGGAAAUUGUGUUACAGAACUGUUGGGUAAUGCCAAAAGCCAGCAGAGGAGAGCAUGACCUUCAGGUUCCUACCGAAGGGCACAGUUGGCCUGCUUGUCCUCAGGAAUGUUUUUGGUUGCCCAUGUCUGAUAUGCAGCAGACUGUUUUGAAGUGAGGCACAAGGCCCUGCCUCACCUGCUGUUCUAGUGGACGUGCUUUGAGGGCACUAGGCACAGGUGAAAGGCACUGCUGAAAGGUCAGAAAAGUUUCUUGGAAUAGUGAGCAGAGAGCGUGUUACUGAUAGUUCUGGGAAACCUUUCUAGUUUCUGCUGAGAGCUCCCCUGGGAAAGUUCAGAAGCUCUUUGCCCACUUUGCACUGAUCUUGUUUCCCAUCUUUGGGGUCAGAUCACAUCCUGGGUCCAGGUGAGCACUGCGAGAGUGUUCUGGCUCCUGCUCCACUACGUCAGGGGCAAGGCGAGGUGCUGGCUAGGUACAGGUGAGUAGCAAAAGCCUGUGGCUUGCUUCUGCCUCUCAUCACUUGUGCAGCCUGUGUGCUUGCAUGUGAGGAGGCAGUGGGCUUGGCAGCUGGCUGGCUAGUUUUGCUUCGAGAAUGGGUAAAAAUGACCCUCAAGGUGUCUCCAAGCUAAUUUUGCUCAGUGUGUCAUGGUUAUUUGUGUGCGAACCAGAAAUCCCUCUGUGAAAAGUCUUGGGGGCGUUGUGACUUGAAUAAACUGACUUGGCUCAUGAUCCCCUUCCUGUGCCAUAGCAGAUUGAGGCUUUUCUGCCCUUGAUGCGGUUUUCUUUUUACCCAUAGAUUGUCAGACACUGAGAGGCUUUGGAAGGCUGCUAUAACCUCCAGUGCCUCCAUUUUGUUUGUGCUGUUGCAGUGACCUUCACACUUCAGCAAUGAAAACUGUUUCGAGGAACCUGCUUUUUAAAGUGCUGUCACAGCACUGAAUCUGGGCACACAGCCCCCUCCUCCCCAGAGAAGAAAUAGAUCAACACAUGGGGCACCUCAGGUCUGGGCUGGGAAGUUAUGCCCAGGUACAGAAAACUUACAGUUGAAAUGAGAAACAAGUUCAGUCAGGGAGACCUUAGACAAAGGGAACUGUGCACAGACACAAAGGAAUGUCUGGGAGAGGGGCUUCUAGCUGGCUCUCUUGCCCCCUCCUUUUAAAAGCUGACACUUUUGGCUGCUUGGAUGGUGGUGCUGCCCUGUGCACAGGACUGCUUAGAAGACCAUAGGUGGCAGAUUCCUGUUGUGAGCUUGGGGUGAACUUGGCCUGAAUUCAGUCCUGUCUUCAGCUGCAAGAUCAGAGGGCCUUUUUCUAAGCCUGAACACAGCAUAUUGCUGACAAAGCAGUAUUUUGUAUGGUUCCCAACGCUUCUUAUGGGCCUCUGCUGAAAGGCUGCAGGUUCUGGGCUGGAUGGCAUCACACAGGUGGCAACAUACCUGAGAGAAGUGAAGAAAGCUGGGCCUUUUCCAUUUUGGUUCAGAACAGAACAGCAGGGGGAAGCCUGACUUGGCUGGAAAGUUACGUCAGAGCUAAAGCCCUCACGAGGAGCAGGAAGAGUCGCGUUCUUGUUUCACCUGGAAUUAAAAAGACUUCCUUAGCAAAGUGGUGUAAUAUUUCUUCAUACCGCUUUGGGGGUGGGUUACCUGUCACCACUCCUGCCUGCACCAGUGCUUUGGAAAUGUCCCUAGUCCCAAAAGGCAGCAGGAGUGAGUGCAGAGCUUGCAGCCUUUUCGGUUGUGGCCCAGGGGAAGCUGUGGAGCGGGAAUGGGAUCCAGGCAGGGGCUGGGAACUGGGACCACUGGGAGAGGGCGCGCGUCACCUCCCUCCCAGCAGAGAGGAGGAGAACGCGGGCGGUUUGGCGGCGUCCGUCGGCAAAGUGGUGCUGUCACUGUUAAUCGCCCUGACACCCGGGCGGAUGCCGACACCUCCGUGGCCACCACUGCUGGGUGACGGGCCAUGUGUGACAUUGAGAGGGGAGCGAUGCCCUUGCCUGCCUGGCAGCCCUUCUCCCCGCUCUGCCCUCCGGGGCCACAUUCACCUUUACGGGGAGAAGCGGUGCCCGGGUCCACCGCUCGUGUCGCCAGCAGCGGCAGCAGCAGGUCACCCCGUUACUUUUCUCCGCCGGGCUCGCGUUUGCUCCCGGUGUUCGCCCGCGGUCACAGGCAGCAGCUCCCCGGGGACGUGUCUCCCUUUGGGGCCUCUCUCGGGCCCUGCCAGCCCCGUCCCCAGCCGGGGCCGUUCCCCCCGUGCCCCUCUCGGCUCUCCCUGCGGAACAAAAGGUCCCUCUGUGCCCGCCGGGGAGCGGCUCCGCCUCGGGGGCGCCCCCUCCCGCCGGGGCGGCGGCACCGGGACCCCCGGGGUUAUCAAAUUCCUGGAAGUCUACGAGCGCAGCUUCUGCAGGACUAUUGAGACCCUGGUGGACAUUUUCCAGGAGUACCCUGAUGAGGUGGAGUACAUAUUCAAGCCAUCCUGUGUGCCUCUGAUGAGAUGUGCGGGUUGCUGCGGCGAUGAGGGCCUAGAAUGUGUCCCUGUGGAUGUGUACAACGUCACCAUGGAGAUCAUGAGAAUUAAACCCCAUCAGAGUCAGCACAUAUCACACAUGAGCUUCUUACAGCACAGUAAAUGUGACUGCAGACCAAAGAAAGAUGUCAAAAACAAACAAGAAAAAAAAUCAAAGCGAGGAAGGGGGAAGGGUCAAAAGAGAAAGCGCAAGAAAGGCCGGUACAAACCACUCAGCUUUCACUGUGAGCCUUGCUCAGAGAGGAGAAAGCACUUGUUUGUACAAGAUCCCCAGACCUGUAAAUGUUCCUGCAAAUUCACAGACUCACGUUGCAAGUCGAGGCAGCUUGAGUUAAACGAGCGCACUUGCAGAUGUGAAAAACCGAGACGGUGAGCAGCGGUAAAGAAGGGGAAACAGCCCUGUUUCUGGAGCCUGAUUUCUCGCCUGGACAGAAUAAAACAAAACAAAACACUAAUCCAAAUGAACCCUAAAAAUGAAGGAUCGGUAGAGCACAGCACUUUCAGUACGGACGAUGGACUCCGGAAGGAACAUUCCCCAAGGCACCCGCCGCACAGAAUUCACCUUUGGGUUUUGAACUGUUUUAUUUUAUUUUUCUUUUUAUGCUGCUAAAUAACGGAGCCAGGAAGACUUAUAGGGGUGUAUUUGAUGGGUUUUCCCAUGCAUACAUAUAUAUGUGUGUAUACAUGCAUAUACAUAUAUAUAUAUGUAUAUAUAU